AUGUUCGGCUUGCCCACGCGGAAGAACUCCCAGGCAUCGCUGCCCCCUUCCCAGUUUCGAGAUUCCGCCAGAAAUGCCAUUUACCAACAGCUCCCUCUGCAAUCACUAGGCCAGAGUUCAGCCACGUCGGUUCGUUCAGCUCCUUCUCAGUUUAAGCAUCUUCAUAACUCGCAUUCUCUGCAUCGGCUGCUGGCGCUGAGUGUGUUUUCAUGGGGGAAACGGUCGGUUCGAUCUGCUCCUUCGAUAUAUUCAUCUUCGACGGCUACGAUCCCUGAAGAUACAGAACAAACAACUACAACUGUUGAACAGUUGAUUAAUGAUAUUGCUUUGCAUGAGAGUUAUUCGAGAGAACAGUUUCUCCAGGCGAAAGCUCACGAUUAUCCAGAUGUCGAUGAUGAUCUGGAAAUGUAUAAAAUCUCCUUGGGCUCGGAGCUUCAGUACCAGAACGUUCCUGAGUCGUUGGUUGAUUGGAACUUGAACGUCACCAGAUGCAAACUAAUGCUUAAUCAUAUGCCUAUGGUGUCGUCGUCGCCUGAUAUCUCAUACUCAGAUCAACAACUCCCGCAGUUAGUGGGUGACUUGGCUCAAAUCUGCCAGAUCGUGCUACUACAACCCCACAUUUCUGAUAAGGAGCUUAUUUAUACGCUUUACUCCUCCAAUUUGUACACAGAGCAUAAGCUUGAUAAUCUGUUUAAGAAGUCGGUGGCGGAAAUAUCUGUCAAACAGUCCAGACUACUACAGAUCAACCAACCUAAACGCCAGCUUCCAUCGCCGCCCAUCACUCACGGCGACCAGUCCCAUCUCACUAUCCAAUAUAAGGAGAUUGCUGUACGGAACUAUUUGGUGAACCUCGCCGCUGCCGCUACCACUGCUUACGAAUAUAAAGUGAAAUGUGACAAUAUCAAGAAAGAACUCAAGCUGCAGCUGGUCCACGGUGAGAAGAAGAAAAUGACAAAAGACGCUAAGAAGCUCCUCUGGGACGAGGUUCGUCUGGACGUGUUCCGCCGAGCUGGUUUGGAGGAAUAA